CGCUAGCUGAUCUGUCCUGCAGCCCGCCCAGGGAAACACAUGAGGAGGAGGGGGUGAUGGCAAGCCGGCCAGAUUAAGGCUACAGGAGCAAAAGUGUGCUUCCACGAGGGUCCGGCCAACUCUGUCUCUACAGGAGCCAGGCUUUCUGCAUCUGUUUUGCCUUGAUCUGACACUGUUUGGGCAACACAGACAAUAGCAGGUCAUCUGGUUUGUUGUCCUGGGCAAGGAAAGAUGGCAAUCCGACAGAUCAAGCUCAAGCACCUUUGGACUUAUGUUCUGAUUUAUGAAAAAGUCUCAAACUAAAUAUUAAUGGAGACUCCACCCAUCGUGAGCUUGGAGGAACAUCGGUGUAGGACACAUCUAGGGUUGCAAGAUUUACCAGGCCCAAUGAUAAGUGAUGCUACCUCAGGUGACCCCUCGCAAAACCACAGAGGGAAUCACUACAUCCCUGAAGACCAUAGAACAGAAAUAGAAGAAAACAUCCGAGAUUUUAGGAACAGCUUUAUUGAUUUUGAGUAUACAAAUGUAGGCUGUCUGAAAGGUGUUUGCUGUCAGGAAGCAAGCAUAGAGCCAACUCUGGAGUCUGCCCAGCUUCCCGAAAAAGAAAUUGGGUCAAUAAAUUGUAAAUCAGAGGACUUUAAGAAUCUAGAACCAGCAUCAGAGGCUUUUGCCCCAACAGUUCCAGCUGAGCCGGCCCAGAGAAUCCAAGAUCUACCAAACAAUGUGAAGGUGUGUGAAAAACAGACGAACUCAGACUUUUCGGACAGCAGCACUAACUCCAACACUGUCAGCCAUGAGAGCUCGGAGGUGGAAGAGCCAUCACCGGAUGGGGUGAAGGAAAAGAAUGGUCAACGCGAAGGCAUGGCAGAUGAGGAUGAUGAUGAUAUUUCUCAAGAGCUGUUUCAAAGUAAAACUAAACUCAUGCACGAUCAACAAAAAAGCAAAGACAAAGAGAAGACGAAAGAUUGUGUGGUAACUGAUAACACAAUCUGCUGCUGCGGUUAUGAAGCAGAGGGGAGAACAAACAGCAAGGAGGAGUCUCCACAGGUCAAGUCCCCCUGGUCAGAGUCAAUGAACCAGCUGAUGAGGAAACUUGAUCAGCUAUAUCAGGACAUAGAGGAAGCUCUAAGUGCAAGCUCAUCCCCUGCUGACACGCCCUGCAUGACUCGCAAGAAACCGGAGGGUGCUGUUUUAGAGUCUACGCUGAACCUAAAUGAAAAAGUUCUUCAAAGACCGGAUGGAGGGGAAUGUCAAAGCUUAGACAGAUCUUCUGCUUUUUGCAGUCUCUCCAUGGGAACAAGGGAACAAACCAAGAAGACGAUGUUCAAUAAGAUGAAAACUGCAUCUGAUUCAGAAAUUGAAGCAAAAGAGGCGUGUGACUGGCUGCGGGCAGCAGGAUUUCCCCAGUAUGCUCAGCUCUUUGAAGAUUCCCAGUUCCCUAUUGACAUCCGGCCUGUGAAAAGAGAUCAUGACUUUCUGGACAAGGAUCUCGUAGAACCUCUGUGCAGACGACUCAACACACUAAACAAGUGUGCCUCUAUGAAACUUGAUGUGAAUCUUCCAAAGAAAAAAGGAGAAGACUCUGAUGAAGAAGACGUGUUUGCUAUCAGCGACAAAUGGACCUUUGAGUGGAGCAGCCGGCGUUGGUCGAGAUUACAGGACUGUCUGCUUCAAAACCACAGAGAGGGUCAGACUUUCAGCGACAGUGUUCCUCUUAGAACCACGACAAGCAGCGAGAGUGUUCUGACGGACAUCAGUGAGCCAGAGGUCUCCUCUUUGCACAGUGAAAGCAGCGGGGGCAGCGCUCACAGAGGACUCAGCACCGAGGACUCUGACUGCUCUAACCGAACUGAUUCUGCAGCAAUGCCAGACUCUACUUGUCUCACAAUGCCUCAUACUCCCGCCAAUUUUUCUCACUACGACUCUUUACCCAACAAGCACAGCAAGACGAGUUGUGCGCGUGCCAAAGACUUCUUGAAGCGAAUGGAGACCCUUGGUUCCCGAGGAACCUUAGGAAAGAACCAGAAGCUGGUCAUCAGCUCCCCUGUGAUGCAGCAGGAAGCCCAGGCUCUGAAAACUCUGCGGUGUGUCGAGAUCAUCAAUGGAGCUCAAGAACCACCAUCAAGCCAACUUUCACCACCUCAGUCCAGUAGUGAGGGCAGCAGCCAUUCUGGUGGCAGCACGCCCAGCCUGAAAGAACGAAAGCCCCACGGUGCUGACCACAAACGCAGCGGCAUGUAUCUGGAGGACAUAGACAUCUUCACAGGAGCCGACAUGAGCAAAGUCACAGAGCAAAACCGCAAAAAUGACUUCUGUUCCUAUGAAGACCUUGUGGUCCACAUUCCUAAAGACCAUAAACCAGGAACCUUUCCCAAAGCACUGUCCAUAGAAAGCUUGUCCCCAACGAACGGAACCACUAUUAACUGGCAGACUGGCAGCAUGCAUUUGGACUCCACACUGAUUUCUUGCAGAAAGGAGUCCAAGCGUGCAACCCAGUGCUCCUCCAGAGGCACCCGCAUCAGCAUUUAUGAUAACGUUCCUGGCUCACACCUGUAUGCCAGCACCGGAGACCUUAUGGAUCUAGAGAAGGAGGACCUGUUUUCACACCUGGAUGAUAUACUGCUGCAUGUAAAUGGUCUACAGCAGAUAGUGGAUCAUUGGUCCAAAAACGUUUUACCUGUAGGAGAAGGCCUGCUCCAAGUAGACAGCGAGAGGGAAGAAGCAGUUGGUAGGCAGUCUGCUAGUCAGAUUACUUUGGACUUUGAAGGAAAUUCAGUUGCAGAAAGUCAGACCACACCGAGUGAUGUAGACCGUGACAAAGUCUCAUUAGUUGAGGCAGAAUCGGCAACACUCAGGGAAAGAAGGGAUUCAGGAGUCGGUGCUUCCCUUACAAGACCUAAAAGGCUAAGAUGGCCCAGCUUUCAAAUUUCCAAUCGGAUAAGCCACUCAGUGGCAUCCCUGCAGAUCACAAACCAGUCAGCAGGCCAACUGAGUUUGUUACAGAAGUUUUCUCUGCUGCGUCUUACUGCAAUCAUGGAAAAAUACUCCAUGUCAAACAAGCACGGAUGGACAUGGUCUGUGCCAAAGUUCAUGAAGAGAAUGAAGGUACCAGACUACAAAGAUAAGAAUGUGUUUGGAGUGCCGCUCAUAGUGCACGUGCAGCGCUCCGGGCAGCCUUUGCCUCUUGGCUUGCAGCAGGCCCUGCGAUACCUGAGGAGCCGAUGUCUUGACCAGGUGGGUUUGUUUCGCAAAUCAGGUGUGAAGUCCCGAAUUCAGGCUUUGAGGCAAAUGAAUGAAAGCUCUGCUGAUAAUGUGAACUAUGAAGAUCAGUCUGCCUAUGAUGUGGCUGAUAUGGUGAAGCAGUUUUUCAGAGAUUUACCUGAACCCUUGCUUACCAACAAACUCGGGGAGACUUUCCUCCAUAUCUACCAGUAUGUGCCAAAGGACCAGAGACUGCAGGCUGUCCAGGCUGCAAUCAUGCUAAUGUCGGAUGAAAACAGAGAAGUGCUUCAGACACUUCUCUGUUUUCUUAGCGACGUCUCCUCCUCUGUGGAAGAGAAUCAGAUGACACCCACGAACAUCGCUGUGUGCCUUGCACCCUCUCUAUUCCACCUAAACUUGCUGAAGAAGGACAAUCUCUCGCCAAAGGCCAUGCAGAAGAAAUACGCCACCGGCAGACCAGACCAGAAGGAUCUGAAUGAAAACUUAGCAGCCACACAGGGGCUUGCUCACAUGAUUGUAGAAUGCAACCGUCUCUUUGAGAUACCUCAUGAGAUGGUUACACAGUCCCGGAAUUCCUACGUGGAGGCUGACUUGCAUGCGCCCACAAUUCAGGAGCUGUGCAAGCAGCUGGAGGAUGAUGACGGAACGUAUCAAACACACAUGGAAGGAAGGCUCCAGAACCUUCUGAAAGAGGCCCGGGAGAAAUCCAAAUCUUGGGUGUCGUACAGCAGCUCUGACAACACUGAACUUCUUUAUAAGAAGGUGGGAGAUGGGAACCCCCUUAGGCGCUGGAGAGUGUCUGUGGAGGUGGAGGCGCCACCCUCUGUUGUGUUGAACCGAGUACUACGAGAGCGCCACCUGUGGGACAUGGACUUGCAUCAGUGGAAAGUGUGUGAGACACUUGACAAACAGACAGAGGUGUUUCAGUAUGUCCUCAACAGCAUGCCCCCUCAUCCUAGCAGAGAAUUUGUUGUCCUCAGGUCUUGGAGGACAGACUUGCCAAAGGGGGCUUGCUCCCUGGUUUCAGUGUCUAUAGAGCAUGACGAGUGCCCUACCAUAGGAGGGGUACGUGCUAUAGUCCUGGAGUCCAACUACCUGCUUGAACCCUGUGGCUCAGGAAAAUCCAGACUAACCCACCUUUGCAGAAUUGACCUAAAAGGAAGGACUCCAGACUGGUACAACAAAGCAUUUGGCCAUCUCUGUGCUGCAGAAGCUGCUCGAAUCCGCAACUCCUUUCAACCGCUAAUCUCUGAUGGCCCAGAGACCAAAAUCUGAACCGUCUUUGCCAGUUGUGUCUGUGCUGCCUUGAGAUCAAAACUGAGCCUUUGACUCAAUGCCAACAGGAAGUUAUUUACCAUGGACCCAAGAACUAAAGCACAGUUUAAAUGCUCUGAAACCAACUGUAAGCCUGAUGCAUGACAUCAUAAGAAGGUGCAUCAUUAUUCAUCCUGCCAAUGUUUAUUUUUCCAUUUAUGCAUUAUUUACCAUCACGUUGUUAAGCUUUUAUGUAAGAGAACUAUAAGUUAUAAUCAUUUUCCUCAAUGUCUAGGACAUUUAAUCUCAAAUGCUUCUGAGAAGCUGGAAUAUGUUAUUACUUUGAGAUUUAAAGAUAUGAUUAUUAUGAUGUACACACAAGUGUCUGUAAAUAUAUAAAUAUGCUUGUGAAUA